GGGUCGCGGCGGACGUCGCUUCCGGAGCAGCAUGGCGGCCACUGAGGACGAGAGGCUAGCAGGGAGCGGUGAGGGGGAGCGGCUGGAUUUCUUGCGGGAUCGGCACGUGCGAUUUUUCCAGCGCUGCCUCCAGGUUUUGCCGGAGCGCUACUCUUCGCUCGAGACAAGCAGGUUGACGAUUGCAUUUUUUGCACUCUCCGGGCUGGAUAUGUUGGAUUCCUUAGAUGUGGUGAACAAAGAUGAUAUAAUAGAGUGGAUUUACUCCCUGCAGGUCCUUCCCACAGAAGACAGAUCAAAUCUAAAUCGCUGUGGUUUCCGAGGCUCUUCAUACCUGGGUAUUCCAUUCAAUCCAUCAAAGGCUCCUGGAACAGCUCAUCCUUAUGAUAGUGGCCACAUAGCAAUGACUUACACUGGCCUUUCAUGCUUAGUUAUUCUUGGAGACGACUUAAGCCGAGUAAAUAAAGAAGCUUGCUUAGCAGGCUUGAGAGCCCUCCAGCUGGAAGAUGGGAGUUUUUGUGCAGUACCUGAAGGCAGUGAAAAUGACAUGCGAUUUGUGUACUGUGCUUCCUGUAUUUGCUAUAUGCUCAACAACUGGUCAGGCAUGGAUAUGAAAAAGGCCAUCACCUAUAUUAGAAGAAGUAUGUCCUAUGACAAUGGACUGGCACAGGGAGCUGGACUUGAAUCUCAUGGAGGAUCUACUUUUUGUGGCAUUGCCUCACUAUGUCUGAUGGGUAAACUAGAAGAAGUUUUUUCAGAAAAAGAGUUGAACAGAAUAAAGAGGUGGUGUAUAAUGAGGCAACAAAAUGGUUAUCAUGGAAGACCCAAUAAGCCUGUAGACACCUGUUAUUCUUUUUGGGUGGGAGCAACUCUAAAGCUUCUAAAAAUUUUCCAAUACACUAACUUUGAGAAAAAUAGAAAUUACAUCUUAUCAACUCAAGAUCGCCUUGUAGGGGGAUUUGCCAAGUGGCCAGACAGUCAUCCAGAUGCUUUGCAUGCAUACUUUGGGAUCUGUGGCCUGUCACUAAUGGAGGAAAGUGGAAUUUGUAAAGUUCAUCCUGCUCUGAAUGUAAGCACACGGACUUCUGAACGCCUUCUAGAUCUCCAUCAAAGCUGGAAAACCAAGGACUCUAAACAAUGCUCAGAGAAUGUAGAGUCUUACAAUCAAAUCUCCUGCUGAUGUCACUUUGGGAUAUGGUCUUGAGCCAGUAAUCUUUUUACUGGGUUUCGAGAAAAUCUUUGUUGAAGUUUGAACCACAACUUUGUCGUGGUUCUUAAAUGUUUAUACUGUAUUUCUAAGAAGUUGUUUGAGGCAAAUUAACUGUAUGUGUGUAGGUUAUCUUUUUCAAAACUCUUCAGUGCAAAUUGUAUCUUAUAAAAUUGACACGAAUUUUCAAAACAAGUUUGCACUUCAUAUAGCAUUGAUAAUCUUCAGGUGAACACUUAGUGAUCAUUUAAAAAGCUCACUGCUGAUGGUGGAAAAUUUGCUUUAAUGAAUUAAGUAUCUGGGAUUAUUCUUUGAAAAUAGAUUACCAUAAUUUUUUUUAAAAAAGAGUGACUUAUUUUGUCUUAUUCUUAAGUAAAGUGUGCCAAUUAAACCUUUGUGGCCUAUAUAAAUGAAAUUAAUAACUUCACAGUAAGAAUAAAUAGGUUUAACUAAUAUGAUAGUUUUCUAAAAGGAGAUUAUUUGAAGACAACUAUUAUGUAACUGAGAGAAAAGCAACUUAACUAUAUGUGAUUGUGAAUGAGAAAGUUUUGUGCUAUGUGGGUCAUUUAUUUAGACAUUGCUGUGGUGAAUACCAGUUAUGUUUGAUUUUAUUCUCAAAUCAUUAGUUGCCUUUUUUUUUUUUUUCUUUUCUUGCUUUCUAGGAAGAAAACAAUCUUUUUUAUCUAGAAGGAAAGAUACUUUGUGUUUUUAUUUUUAGCCUUUUGAAUUUUUUAAUUCGUUGCCCCCAGUGUGUUAGCUACUCUAAUUUCAAACUAAUGCUUUUCUAAUUUUUUUCAAACUAAAUAAGUGAAAAAUACAAAAACAGAACCAUUCAAAUAGAUUCAGUGGUGCAACUCUAUACAUGGUCAUUUUUAUUCUCAUAUUUUCAGGUAAGUGAAAGGCAAAUGUAACCAUUUAGAGGGUAAGAAAUAGGGUUUUGUUUUUGUUCAUUGUUUUGUUUUCUUAAGUUUAUGAACUAGCUAAUUAUAAAGGAGAUAAUAUAAAAACUCUUCAUUAGUAAUUAAUUAAUCAAUAACUCAUAUCCAUUACUUGCUUAGUGACAUUCAGAACUAUGAGUCUAGUACUGAAAUGGGGAAAGAAAUCUCUUCACUAAAGGAGUUGGGUUAAGUUAGUCUUGGUGAUAAUAAAUGUUGAAAUAUAAACAUCAGUAUAAGAACUAUAUUACUGGUAUCACUGUUUAGGCAUUGUAAUAUUUUAAAUGUUAUCUUUUUUUCUAAAUUAGAGAAAAAAAUGUCGUAAAAUAACAGUCCUUCCCAAGGGAAACAGUAUGUACUUGGAGAAAUGAUUCAUUUAUUAUUGGCAUGCUUAGUUUUAAACCUGAGUUUGCCAACUGUAUGUUUUUUAAUUAGAAAUAAAAAAAUCUUCUGAUGGUGGGGGGAAAAACUAAGCUUACUAACAGA